AUGGCAAUAAUACCUGCAGAUGAUCUUCUCCCAAUUCAUGGUUCAGUUGCCACUUCCAGCCGAAAGUUAGUUGUCGCCUGUAGGCGUUUCCAACAGUCGAAACUGAAAUUUCUGCAAUUUGGAGUCGAUCAGUGGUGCCACACGCUAGUAGGAAGUUUUAUGGGCAAAGCUCCCGAAUUUGGGAAGGUUGCCUCGGUUGCGAAUGGUUUAUGGGGGAAACAAGGGAGGGUAACUGUGAGCACUAUGGGUUCACUGUUUGUGUUUCAAUUCCUGAACGAAGAGGUAAUGACAUGGGUCUUAGAAUCGGGGCCAUGGCAUGUGGAGAGGAAGUACCUAGUGUUGCAGAAAUGGAGUCCUCAGUUCACUGAGGAGGUUCUAAACAUGAGGAAAAUGCCUAUUUGGGUGCAGCUGAGGAAAAUUCCCCUCCAAUACUUCCAUCCCAAAGGCAUCAGCUACUUAGUGAGUGCCAUUGGUAAACCAUUGUAUAUGGACAGGGCUACUGCCCUUCGUUCUAGGUUGGACUAUGCAAAGGUUUGUAUCGAGGUGGAGGUUGAGAAAGAAAUUCCUGAGUUUCUGACUGUCGACUUGGGUGAUAAUUACACGGUUAAUGUGCUGGUGGAUGUUCCUUGGUUGCCAGAAAAAUGUGAUCGCUGCAAAGCUUUUGGUCAUCGUUGCAAUAACGCAGCAGAAAGGCCACUGGAAGCUGGACAGUCUGCUGUCUCCAAACCUGAUGCGAGGAGCUGUCCUGCAGUGGAACCCGCUACACACCCUGCACACUUGGUUGCCGAGAAGUCCCCUGUCACUGUGACAAACAUCUUCAAUGCUAGCAGCUCUGUUCAGAAAGAUAAAGCCCAAGGAACGCUGAGUGAAGACUUAUCCAGAGGAAGGAAUCAAGUUCUUACAAAAAAGCAAACCUUUGCUGACCUUGCUGAGGAGGUGGAAGGCCAAGAAAAUGCUUCCAGCUCUGUAGACGAAUGGGCAAAUGCAUCUACAAAGGAAGUUCAGCUUGGGGGAAAACGCCUUCCAAGAAGUGCAUCGAAGGGAGUCGCUCAAGUAGUCUUGAAAGUGCAGGGCACAAGGAAGUCAAGGUCGAGUAAAGGAGGAGUUGGUUGGACUGCAAUAACCUUUGUUUAUGCUUCAAACAAUAUGCUGGAGAGACGGGUGCUAUGGCAGGAUUUGCAAGCAUUGGCUGUAAACAUGAGACACAGCUGGGUAUUGAUGGGGGAUUUCAAUGCGGUCAAGGGUACUGAGGAGGUUAAAGCUGUUGGGAGAGAGGUGGUCAUCGACCAAAGCAUGAGAGAUUUCUCUGAUUUCAUGAAUGCAGCUGAGCUCAUAGACCACACUUCUAUUGGUUGUUACUUUACGUGGAGUAAUAAACGACAAGAGGGAUUCCAAGUUAGGAAGAUCGACAGAGUCUUAGUAAAUGAAAAAUGGUUUCAAGGGGACAUAGCUUCAACUGUAGAAUUCCUUCCCCCUGGUAUCUCCGACCACUGCCCAGCUUUAUUGAAAUUUGGAGAAAAGGAGAACGCAGGUCCUAAGCCAUUCAAAUUUUUUCACUUCUGGAUUGAACACUCGGGGUAUAUGGCACUGGUUGAGAGAGUCUGGUCCAAGACUCAAGAGGGUAUCCCAAUGGUUGUGCUUUACAAGAAGUUGAGAUUCCUCAAGAUGCAACUCAAGGAUUUCAACAUAUCUAAAUUUGGGAAUGUGCACACACAGGUCACGGACCUACAGAAUGAACUUGCUCAGGCUCAAGCUACAUUGAUGGAAAGCGCUUGCGAAUCUCCAGAAUCUAUCAAGAAGGAAAUGUACUUGAGGGUAAAGCUACUAGCAGCACUUGACAAGGAGGAGAAGCUCCUGAAACAGAAAUCUCGGGGUCUUAUUGGGAGGAAGGAUGACUAUAUCAGGGGAGUCUCGGCCUCUAUGCUUUCCUCCAUCUUCAAGAGGAAAGUGCCCGCUUCCAAAUAUCAGAUGCUCCUGUCUCCUAUAGCGGAUGCUGAGAUCAAAGAAGCCUUAUUCUCGAUGGGUAAUGACAAGUCACCGGGCCCGGAUGGUUUCACAGCUUUUUUCUUUAAGCAUGCCUGGCACAUCGUUCAACAUGACUUCACUAAAGCUGUGCAGCACUUCUUCUCCUCAGGAAAGCUUCGAAGGGAGGUAAACUCAACUAUUAUUGUCUUAGUUCCAAAGAAGGAGAAAGCUGAUUGCAUGAAAGAUUUUCGGCCUAUAUCGUGCUGUAAUGUAGUUUACAAAUGCAUUACUAAGGUGCUUGCCAAUAGAUUGAAAGAAGUACUCCCUGAUAUUAUCAGCUUAAAUCAAACAGCUUUUGUGCAAGGAAGGAGAAUUUCGGAUAAUGUUUUACUUGCCCAUGAGCUUGUGAGAAACUACCACAGUUUGGAAGCCAUGGGAUUUCCUCCCAUUUUUCUCUGGUGGAUUAAAGGUUGCAUCACCUCGCCUUAUUUUUCUGUGGCUAUUAACGGAUCCUUAGCAGGAUACUUCCCAGGCCAACGAGGAGUUAGACAGGGUGACCCACUAUCCCCAUUUCUUUUCGUCAUUGCCAUGGAGGUAUUCUCACAGCUUAUGGAUUCGGCUGCAGCUGAAGGUAAAGUUGGCUAUCAUCCUAGAUGUAAGUCACUUCAAUUAACCCAUCUAUGCUUUGCGGAUGAUUUGCUGCUAUUCACAAAUGGUUCUAAGACGUCCAUUGCUGCCAUUCUUGAUCUGUUGAACACAUUUUAUCAUUGGUCUGGCUUGAAGUUGAACCCUGAAAAGUCUGAAAUAUUUACGGGAGGCAUCUCUGGGGAAUCUGUGCUUGAUCUGAUGACUUGGUCAGGUAGAUUGCAAUUGAUCAACUCUGUCCUCUUUAGUAUGGCCAGUUACUGGUGCUCCCACUUCAUUCUUCCAAAACAAGUUGUAAAGCUAGUGCAUCAGAAAUGUCGAUCAUUCCUCUGGAAAGGUCUCGAACAACACACAGACUGGGAGUCCUUUGAUGUUGGUGAUGAUGUACAGGAUAAAUGGUCUCUUGAUGUAAAUCAUUUUGAUUAA